AUGCUGUUCCCAACAUCAACACCAUUGAAAGCUUCAACAUCCACAAUCCACCGCCCAAAUUAUGUAACUGCUGAAGCUGAUUUGAUUCUUAACAGUGAUUUAGUAAUGUGCCGCAAGCAAGCUGGAAUCGCAAUCGGUAGACUCUGCGAUAAAUGCGACGGCAAAUGUCCUGUCUGUGAUUCAUACGUUCGUCCUACAACACUAGUGCGCAUCUGCGAUGAGUGCUCUUUUGGAAACUACCAAAACAAGUGUGUCGUCUGCGGUGGAGAAGGGAUCUCGGAUGCAUUCUAUUGCUUCGAAUGCACGCGACUGGAAAAAGAUCGAGAUGGUUGUCCAAAGAUUAUCAAUCUAGGCAGUUCGAGGACAGACCUGUUCUGUGAGUUCUUCCAUACUUACCUACGAUAGAGCGGAGAUCAAAUGCUAAUAUAUCUACAGACCAAAAAAAGAACUUUCGGAAUCAUUAGCAACGGUGUGGUGUUUUUUUUUCGGGGGUGAUGCCGUGCGCAUCUUAACCUCAGGACCAACCUGAGGGGCUGGCGUGAUCACCAGAAUCCCCAUUUAAGUACUUCUAGUUCUCGUAUUAUUAUCAUGUAUUAUUACCGGUAUCGUUUGGCGUAUAGACUCGGGUUUAGCACAAAACGAGUGGAAGACAAAGGGGGUUAAUUGGAACAGAAUAAUAAAUGAGAAAAAACUCAA